UCUUUUAGCAUGCAGAAAUAAGCAGGUAAAGACCUUGUUUCUCAAUGCUGUUUUUCAUGUAAACUUGUUUGUUAAAGUAAAUUCAUAUUAAAAUGUCAAAAAACCUUUUAUUUCGGGGCUUGUUUUUAAAUUUUUAUCGACGUUUUAAUUGGAAAUAUCCUUAUCCUAAAGAGCUCCAACCUUCACCUCCUGAAAAAGAAACAAUUAAUCCAGAAAAUCUUGUGAAGAUUCAAAACCCUAUGAGUGCAAAUGAUAAAUUCAACCAAGAAUAUAUAAAUAGGAAUCCACGAAAUCUAGAACAAAUGCUACUGGAGGUGAAGCCAAAUGGCUAUCCAAUUGAUGCACCCAAUAGGGUAUUCUGGAACAAGUUGCAUUUUGAACGAAGUGCUAAACAUACGUCAGCAAAAGUUUACCACAAUAGUGGUCGUAAAAUAGCUUCAGCUAGUACUAAAGAAUGGGCUAUUAAGAAACACCUUAAAAGUGGUAUUGAUAAUGAUGCUGUCGCUUGUAUUGCUCGUGUGCUUGCCAGAAGAUGUCUUCAGAGUGGCAUAUUGUUUGUAAGCACUGAAUUCGCCCCUCGUGAAUUCAGGACUACUAAGGUUCAGCUUUUGUUAAAAACAUUACAAGAAGGAGGCUUAAAAACUAAAGAGCUCAGUGCCAUCUUAGCCAAAGAUGAAAGAUAUCUAUGAUGUCUCAAGUGUGUAAACUUAUUGUCUGUAAAUAGUAAUAAAUGGGAUUAGUUUCUUCUCA